UCCGCACUACUAGAUGGACUGCAAUAUUUCACCUGAACUCCUAAUACAAUAUGUCCACAUUGAGCUACUAUAACAUUUCUGAGAGUUCUUCUUGGGGAAAGGGGAAUGAGGGUACUUUGCAUUGCAGUGAAGAUAAAAUUGUUUAUCAAGAUCUAAAAGGAGACAAGCGUAAAGUAGAGUCUCUGAUAAAUAAAAUAGCGAAUGUUCAAUACAGAAUCUGUGCUAAAGGCUAUGAAUUACGUUUGCAUUUUAAAGAUGAUUCUCAUAUAAGUUUUUUUGGUUUUCAAGAUGAAGGGGAAAUCUUGAGUAUCGUAAAUUUUAUUAAGAGACGGACUCCCAUUGAGGUUAGUGAAAUCAAAACGACUACAAAUGGUUUUAAUUGGGGAGAUUUAGAAAUAAGAGGAGAUUAUGUUUUUUUUAACCACGAAGGAGAGAAUGUUUUUGAUUUUCCUAUUAACUCAGUAGAACGUGUAAACAUUUCUAAGAAGCAAGACAUUUCCAUUCAGUUCAAGGAUUCUUCUGAGAAUAUUGAAGGUGAGACGCUUUGUGAAGUUCGCUUUACUUUUCCAAAACCGACGAGCGAAGUUUCCGAGGCAGCAAACGACUUUGAGAGCCCAACUUUGACGUUAGCUGAAAAAUUUCACGCAAACCUUACAUCUCGUUGUGACUUCAAAAGCGAGACUUCCCCGCUUAUUGUUGCAUUUCCCGAAGUACAUUUCCUGGUUCCUCGCGGCCGUCAUGAUUUUCGUCUAUACAAAGAUUGCUUUCAGCUUCAUGGAAAAUCUUCUAGCUACACCGUAGAGUAUAGCAAUAUACUCCGCUAUUUUUUACUUCCGAGGGAUUCUGAUUCGAUUCUCUUUGUGAUUUGCUUGAAUCAACCGCUACGCAAAGGUCAGAAACUCCAUUCCUUUCUCGUGUUGGUGAUACCGACUACAGAACGGAUCGAGGCUGAUCUAAAUCUCUCGAAGGAGGAUCUGGUGGCUCCUUACGGAGAUUCUCUCCAAGAGCACAUGGAUGGCGCUACUUAUGAGGUUCUUACAAAGAUAAUUAAGAAUUUAUCCCAAAAAAAAGUUCUUACUCCGUUUCCGGACUUUACCAAUGAUGAGGGAUUUCCGCUGGUAAAAUGUAGCUUUAAAGCGGAAGUUGGCGUUAUUUUUCCUUUAAAAAGCGGCUUGAUCUUUGUUCAUCAGCCCGUUAUAUACAUACGAGAUUCCGACAUUUCGCACAUCCGAUUCGAGCGCGUUGGAACUGGCGGCUCUAUGAUCGUUGUUAGCAAGUCGGGGGAGGAGUAUUCCUUCAACAUCAGUCAAGAAAAGGGGCACUACGAUCUUAUGCUGAAACACAUGCAUAAUAAACCAGUCAAGUGUGUCGUUUCUGAUACGGUCCGCCCAAUGAGUUUUGACGAGGACAAUGACGAACAGGAUCCCUACAACUUUCCGCUGAACCGCUCCGGUUUGCAGAGUGAAAGCGAAGAAGACGAAGAUUUUGUUGCUGAGCCCUCUAGCACGGAGGAUGACGAUAGUGACUCAAACUUUAACGAAAGUUCGGGAGGCGUUUCCCACUCCGACAGCGAGUCAGGCCCGGUUAUGUCGGAGUUACAGGAAACGCCAGUCAAGCCUUCGAAACGGCAUGGCGAGUCGCCUAGACGAGCGCUACCAUCUAAGAAAAAGCGGCAAAAAGCAAUUAAAGACCCGCUGGCGCCCAAGAAGCCGCCAUCCGCCUUUCUGCUGCACAACUUAGAUAAGCGAAGAGAACUUCUGGGGAAGGGAUUGAAACCCCCUCAGAUUAUACAGAAGCUGGCUGAGAUGUGGAAAGCAUCUAGUCCUGAAACUAAAUCAAAGUACGAAAAGUUAUAUCUCGAAAAAAAAAAAGAGUACGAAAAGCAGCUUGCAGCCUAUCAGAGAGACCGGCGCCCCGAGGAGGGGAGAUCUUUCGGAGUAAACGAAAACAUUGGCGAGCAAACAGACUAACUUGGAAAAACAACAUAAUAAAGAUUAU